GGCUGCGGGAAUGAGGUAAAGGCGGGCGGGGCGCGCGGCAGGAAGCGGCGAGCGGAGCGCGGCGAGCGGGCCCAUGGCGGACACGGCGGAAGCACAUGAGGAGCAUGAUACUUCUACUGAAAAUGCAGAUGACUCUAACCAUGAUCCUCAGUUUGAGCCCAUAGUUUCCCUUCCAGAGCAAGAAAUAAAAACUCUGGAAGAGGAUGAGGAAGAACUCUUUAAGAUGCGAGCAAAGCUUUUCCGGUUUGCAUCUGAGAAUGACCUUCCAGAGUGGAAAGAACGAGGAACUGGUGAUGUGAAACUCCUGAAACACAAGGAGAAGGGAACAAUUCGCCUCCUCAUGAGGAGGGAUAAAACCCUUAAAAUCUGUGCAAACCAUUACAUCACACCCUUAAUGGAGCUGAAGCCUAACGCUGGGAGCGACAGGGCGUGGGUCUGGAACACACAUGCUGACUUUGCAGAUGAAUGCCCCAAGCCCGAACUUCUGGCAAUCCGAUUUCUAAACGCAGAGAAUGCACAGAAAUUCAAGGCAAAAUUUGAAGAAUGCAGGAAUGAAGUAGGCAAGACAGCAAAGAAAGGUCCUUUUCCCAAAUUUUGCAAAUGUAUAAUCAUGCAAGUAUAAUAUUUACUGGUUUUUAUAGUUAGUGUGUGAGAUUGUUCACAAGUCUAACAGAUUAUUGCACCUUUCUUUAGAAUUGCCUUUGUAAUGAAGUAUGUCAUCAUGUAAAUAAACAUUUCUGCCUUUCUGAAGUACAGAC